AUGGUGAUCAUCUUCUCUAAAACACUGGAAAAGAAGAAGGGUGUCAAUGAUGUAAGGUCCAAGAACAAGGAGAGACUGCUGCGUGAGCUCCACACCAUGAGCAGGGGGACCACCCUCUCCUGUGGAACUGUGGAAGCUGACAGGUGGCUGGACAUGGGCCGCAGCUGCACCCUUCAGCAGGGACCUACCUGCCAGUCUAGUUCCAGUUUGGAAAGCCUCUGGGACAUACUGCCUGAGCAGAGUAGCCAACCGUGGGCCAAGGAGCCUGGCUCCUCCACUGCCAUCACCAGCUUGAUCAGAGACCUCAGCCUGGUGGACAGCACCAAGACUGACCCUCUGGGAGUUGUAGAGGUGCUCAGACACAGUCAGACACCUGCUGCUCCACCUAGCAAACGCCAGUGUCGGUCCCUGUCUUUCUCGGAUGAGUUUGGGGGAUUCCGGUCCUGUUGGAGACCGCAGGGCUCAAGACUAUGGACCACGGUGGAGAAGAGGAGGUGUCACAGCGGAGGCAGCGUCCGUGGUGGGAGUGCUCACUUAGGGAGUAUUCUGCCAGCCAUGCAGCGUAGCUCCAGCUUCAGCCUGCCUUCACGCUGCAGCCUCCCCUUAGAUGGACCGCUGGACCUGCCACUCUUCACGCAGCGUCUACCUCUUCAUCCCCAGUUCACUGCGUCUCCAGUGUCUCCCACGUCUCCCCCAUCACACCAUCAGCACUCCCGACACCCGCACUUCCUCCGUCCCCUGUCCCUGUCUCAUGAGCAGAUCAGCCUGCCUGAGCUCCAGAGAGAGGAGGUGUCAGAGAUCAGCUCCCCAGACUCUACACCAGAGCUGGGGAGGAGAGCCAAACAGCGCCCACCUGGAAAAGGCUGCUUGGCUCGCAGCAAGUCCCAGCCCUGUGUCAUCGAUAAGAAAAUCGGCAUGAAGCGCAGAAGACCAGAGGACGCUCAAGAGCAGCGGCCCUCUCUGGACCUGGCCAAGAUGACUCAGAAUCUUCAGACCUUUCAGAGCUUGAGCUGCCCCGGCUUCUCUGCCUCUGACUCUUUGACUCUACAGUCUUUCGAGAUUCGCCCACUUUUUGACUUCAAACCGGCGCCGGCCCAGAGGCUGGGGCCACGACAAGAGCUGACGGAGGAUCUAAUGUACGGGGAGGACAGCAGCGACUCGGCCUGCAGCGUGGACUCGCGCUCAGGCUCCCCUGAUGUAGCAGACAGCCAAACCCUCUGGAAGGGUGAGUGCUCCACGCAGAGGGACAUUUUCCAGCUGGGAGGAGAGCUGGACCUAGACCAGAUCGAGCGAAACUGA